AUGUUCGAAGCACGCUUGACCGAGGGCGCGAUCCUCAAAAAGGUCCUGGACUCAGUCAAGGACCUCGUCACCGACGCCAACUUCGAGGCCGACCCGACGGAAGGCUUCAAGCUCCAAGCGAUGGAUUCCUCCCACGUGAGCUUAGUGUCUCUGAAGUUACACGCCGAUGGGUUCGCGCACUACCGAUGUGAUCGACCGUUGACGAUGGGUAUGAAUCUUGCAAAUAUGGCCAAAAUGUUGAAGUGUGCGAGCAACGAAGACGCUAUCACGAUGAAGGCCGACGAUGCGGGCGACGUCGUGGCGUUCAUGUUUGAAUCUCCGGGACAAGAGAAGAUCUCCGACUUCGAACUAAAGCUCAUGGACAUUGACAGCGAGCAUUUGGGCAUUCCAGAUACGGAAUACGCCGUGACAAUCCGGAUGCCGUCUGCCGAGUUCAAGCGUAUCUGCAGCGACUUGGCGACGAUCGGCGAUACUGUGGCGAUUUCGGUGAGCAAGGAAGGUGUUAAGUUCUCCACCACGGGUGACAUUGGCGACGCGAACGUGACCUUGCGCCAAAACUCGGAAGAUGAUAAGGAAAAGAUGAUCUCAAUUGAACUCGGCGAGCCGGUGAACUUGACGUUCGCGCUCCGAUACCUGAACUCCUUCACCAAGGCCACACCUUUGUCCGAUCAAGUGGUAAUUCGUCUCAGCCCUCAAUUGCCCAUCGUUGUGCAAUACGUGGUUGUUGACGUUGGCUACAUCUCGUACUAUUUGGCGCCGAAAAUCGAGGACGAUGACGCCAUGUAG